UUCCUUCUGUUCCGCAAACGAGACUUUACACAGAUGUGUUUCAGGCGAGAUCAGUUGAGGCGGUGGGACUUCGUUCGCGCAGCGGGAUCAACUUCUUUCCGAGGGUCUACCGUCUCCUACUCGGUCUCCUUGAGUUCAAUGUAACAGACAUCGUAAGCAGCAUAGGUCAAGGUGAUCGGGGAGUUACUUUGUGAUAGAAUUGAACACAUUUAGUCGGGGUUUUAAACGCAGAAGAAAAUGCCUGUAGCUUCUCUCCUGCCUUUCACAGCCACUCCGAAUAGGAAGUCCGCCAGCCCGACCUCCUUCAGGCUCACGGAGAAAUUCAUCCUGCUUUUAGUGUUCAGCGGCUUCAUCACCCUGUGUUUCGGAGCUAUCUUCUUCUUGCCUGAUUCGUCAAAGCUGCUCAGCGGAGUUUUCUUCCGCUCGUCCUCGGUGGAGGCAGAGACGCGCACAGGUACGGUCAGUGACACCAGCACCGGCACGGGCAAGGAUGAGAAGAUCCUGGCCAAGAUCAGAAAAGACCACGAAAAGGCGCUGAUUGAGGCCAAGGACACCCUACAGAAACGUCCGGACGAGAUCAAGCAGGACAUCAACAGCGACAAAGAGAAACUUGCUCUAAACGGACAGGGGAAAGGAUCGAAAGGUGACAGUUUGCCGUUCCUUCAGUACAUGCGGCCGCCUGGAGCAACAGGGCACGAGCCCGCCGAUCCGGACGUUAAAGCGAAAAGAGCCAAGAUAAAAGAGAUGAUGCAGUUUUCUUGGGACAAUUACAAGCGCUACGCCUGGGGCUCCAACGAACUGCGUCCCGUCUCUAAGCAAGGCCACUCCAGCAAUUUGUUUGGUGAGUGUCUGCCUAGAGUGUCUCUCUGGGCGGCCAGAGGUCACACGGCUCUGCCUCUGCUGUGUACGGAUGAGGUUAGACUAACCUCUGUACGUUUGUCUGUCUUUCUUUUACUUCAGGUGUUCAGGAGAAAAGCUGUUGAACUAGGAGAGAAGCUGUUGCCGGCUUUUAAGACCCCGACUGGCAUCCCUUGGGCUCUUCUCAACCUAAAGAGUGGGAUCGGCAGAAACUGGCCAUGGGCGUCAGGAGGAAGCAGUAUUCUCGCCGAAUACGGGACGCUGCAUUUGGAGUUCAUGCAUCUCAGCGAGCUUUCCGGGCGACCAGAUUUUGCAGAGAAGGUAAUGAACAUCAGAAAGGUGCUGAAUCGACUGGACAAACCUCAAGGGUUGUACCCAAAUUACCUGAACCCUAACAGUGGACAGUGGGGCCAGCAUCACGUCUCGGUUGGAGGCUUGGGGGACAGUUUCUACGAGUACCUGCUGAAGGCCUGGCUGAUGUCAGACAAAACUGAUGAGGAGGGAAAGAAGCUUUACUACGAUGCCCUGCAGGCGAUUGAGAAGAAUUUGAUCCGUAAGUCAAGCGGAGGGUUGACGUAUAUCGCUGAAUGGAAAGGUGGACUCCUGGAACAUAAGAUGGGUCACCUGACCUGCUUCGCCGGUGGUAUGAUCGCUUUAGGGGCGGACGGAGGCCCUGAUGAUAAGACGGGUCAUCAGAUGGAACUGGCGGCUGAGAUCGCCCGCACGUGUCAUGAGUCUUACGCCCGAACAAGUAUGAAGCUGGGUCCUGAGGCCUUCCGUUUCGACGGCGGAGUUGAAGCCAUCGCCACGCGGCAAAACGAGAAGUACUUCAUCCUGAGGCCGGAGGUCAUCGAGACGUACAUGUACAUGUGGAGGUUCACCCACGACCCCAAAUACAGACAGUGGGGCUGGGAGGCGGUGCAGGCUCUGGAGAAGUACUGCAGGGUGGAAGGGGGUUACAGUGGAGUGAGAGACGUCUACGCUAACACUCCCAACCAUGAUGACGUGCAGCAGAGCUUCUACCUGGCCGAAACACUCAAGUAUCUGUAUCUUUUGUUCUCCGACGAUGACCAUUUGCCCUUCGAACACUGGGUGUUCAACACGGAGGCCCAUCCUCUUCCCGUCAUUAAGAAACAGAAUGUAGAAAUAGCAAACCAUCUCAAGUAAUCUUCAUCCAACCCCAAAGCGCCACCGAGACGUCAUUUUCUGGACCUGCUUUAACAGUGGACAAGAGCUAUGGACACAAAACCCCUGUGGCUGGCGAGUUCCUGUCCUUUGGGAAUUGUCUGGAAUUUCAUGUGUUUCUCCACAGCCGUCUCGCCUCUUCCGUCUCUUCUCGGGAUUCUGCAUGCUGCCCCGUUCCCUCUCUCUGUCCUUGACACUAUGGACACGUCUCUGAGCCUCAGAGACACAGAAGGACGAUAUUUCCUCUGUGAGGAGACCAGACCAGUUCGUUUUCCAUCGUACUUGCCCUCUCACACAUGUUAUAAAGCCAUAGGUAAUUCAAAUUUCAUCUGCAUCCUUGUGUUUUUUGCAUCAUGUGUGUUUACAGGAGCGGAGAUGAGAGACAUCCACUGAACUUCGCUGUUUCUUGCUGUCUGUUUUUUUCGGGAUGAGGUUUGGUUUGGUUUGGUGUUUUGAGGCUUUAUUCGACAGCAAGGUAGUGAAACCAAGUCCACUAGUGCCUUUUAGUCUUACUGAUCAUUUUAGUCAAGUUGUAAUAGCAACACUCGAUUUAUUUUCGCUGUGACCGAAGGUAUCUUCCUACAGGCCUACAGCCCUCUUACCCUCGUGAUGGAUGUAGGAAUCAGUCGUUUAUCGUUCAUUCCUCUACAUUUGUAAGCUUACUUUGUUUGAUAAAAUGUGUACAAAAUGUGUUUUGAUUGUUUACUUAAUCAACGGAGGCAGAGACUUUUAUCCUAGACAUGUAAAAUAGAGUACUUUGUGUUAAUUUAUUACUCAAGACAUAGGGUUUUUGUCAUUUUUCAGUGUGAAGAGCAGGGAAACUAUGGAGCCCAUAAAGGAGACAUGAUAACAGGAAGAAAUAUGAUGAGAGGGAAAAAUUCAAUUUCAAUGCUUUCGCAUUCACUUGCAAAACUAAUGCUUUUUCCCUAGAAACUUAGUUUUCAAAGUUUCGCGAGCAAGGAACGUUUCUCGGUAAUGCAAAAAAAAGUUUGAGUGAAGGCAAAAGUUUUGCAAGGUGGGCAACAGUUUCUUUGUGGAAUGCAGAAGUUGUGCAUGUGCAACAGAAGUUUUAUGAGUGGAUGCAAAAGUUCCUCUGUGGAAUUCUGAAGUUUUUGUAAACGAAAGCAAAAGAUUCUCUGCCGAAUGCAGGUUUGCAAUCAAACUCAAAAAUUCCCUAGUGAAUGCGAAAGUUUCUCUGUGGUAUGCAAAACUUUUUGUGAGCGAAUGCAGAAGUUUUGCGAACAGGCACAAAAGUUAACAGGCGAACACAAAACUUUUGCAAGCAAACACAUUUUUCCGGGGGAAUACAAAGUUUUGUGAAUUAACGAAGGUUUUGCUAAGUUUGUUAAAGUAACAAACAUAUUUGUGAGUGAACCCAAAAGUUUCUUGAAAGAAUGCAAAGAUUUUGUGAGAACACAUAAGCACUGAAAUAUAUAUAUUUUUUUCUCCCAUGUAAUCGCCAUGUCCCUUUAUGAGCUCUGUAGUAAACCGCGAUGAAGCUGCUUGAAUCCAUUGGAAAAGUGUUUUAUUAGGACAACACGGGCAGCAUCAGUCAAAAAGGGGAAUGAAUAUAUUUGUAUGAAUGUACCACCAAAUGUGAAUUGAACAUACUUUGGCCUAGUUGUUGUGAUUUAUCAUUUUAUCUGUUUGUGCAUUCGUUUGAUUUAUCAUGAAAGCACAAAGUUGUGAAUCUAUAUAAAAAUAUAAAUCAGUAUAUUUGGGUUCUCCAUGAAGAAAAUAAUAGGAAUAUUACUGUAGGACAACGUGACAGCACAAAUGAGGAAUUUCAAUGAAAAAAAGAUGCAAAACAAUGAAAGCAAAUCAGUCCAUGGCACUGGAUACAACACACACACACACUCACAAAAGAAUCGCAUACACUACAUACCAUAACCACAUUCCAAUUCAUGGAAGAAUAGACCAAUUCCCAUGUUAUUAGUAUGUUUUGGGAAUUUGAGACAUCAAAUUUGAGGUUGGUGGAGUAGGGCUUAUGCUACCGUCUACAUUUAGACAGUGUUCCCAAAACUUCUCAAAACUAAACUACCCUGCUUAACUAGCAUGGUGUGGCGCCUAGGUGAAAAUAAAUACCUCGCAGAGAUUCCUCUCUUGAGGCCAGCGACUGCAACGCUUGACAUGGUAUUUCUCCGCUGUACGAAAUGCGUACUGUCAGAGUUAGGAGUCACAAUAUAUGAAAGUACCAUCAUCUCGAGGGAGGCCCGUCUUAAAACACUGUGACACUGUAGAUAAGACAUCACGCUCAC